AAAACUAUUGUACAUGCAUGUACGGUAUACGGUAUGUUAUGCAUGGGCGCAUGGGCACACUGAACGAGAAGUGCAUACAUUACACAAAGGCUGUUUGUUGUUGAAUUGUGGAAACCAUCCUGAACUGACGAAGAUCGUGCAGCAACCUUCCCCUUCUCAUUCGAAUAAAAAAAUCAACUGAUUGUACGGGAAAAAGGAACUGAAUUCUCAGACUCAAGCCAGGCAAGGAAGGUACGCCUCCCAGUCCCACACCGGCUACGUACGGGAGGCUGUAAUUGAAACCAAACGGGAAAUCCAGAUCUUGAACUUUCAGAGAGUGCUUUUACAGAAUGGAGACCACAGAGAAUGGAGGUUCUGUACUUCUGUUUUUCUGCAAUGGCAAAAAGGUCAUUGAGAAAAACCCUGAUCCAGAAAUGACACUCCUAGUUUACCUGCGAAAGAAAUUGGGUUUGACAGGAACCAAGCUAGGAUGUGCAGAAGGAGGAUGUGGAGCCUGCACUGUAAUGGUGUCAUCAUACAACAGAAAUACCAGCAAAAUUGUUCACCAUGCAGUGAAUGCCUGUCUAGCUCCUGUAUGCUCUGUACAUGGUGCAGCAGUGACAACAGUAGAAGGAAUUGGAAGCACCAAGACAAAACUACAUCCUGUGCAGGAACGGAUUGCAAAGGCUCAUGGGUCACAGUGCGGCUUCUGUACGCCUGGCAUUGUGAUGUCCAUGUAUGCCCUCCUUAGAAACAAACCACAGCCUACCAUGGAUGACAUUCAUGGAGCAUUUGAGGGGAAUCUGUGUCGUUGUACUGGUUACAGACCUAUUCUGCAAGCUUACAAGACAUUUACAAAGAAGGAUGGGUGUUGUGGAGGAGGUUGUCAGAAUGGUCCAUCACAAAACAACAGUGUACCUGAUAAUAAAGAGGAAUCAGGACUUUUGUUUGACCCAAAAGAAUUCUCAAAGUAUGAUCCUUCUCAAGACCUCAUCUUCCCACCAGAUCUAUUGCUUAGUGCAAAUGAACCUGCACAGACAGUGUGUUUCCGAGGGGAGCGUGUCACAUGGUUCCAACCUGUGACCUUUGAUGAACUUCUUGAUCUCAAGGUCAAAUAUCCUCAUUCCAAGCUCAUCGGUGGAAAUUCAGAAAUUGGUGUAGAAGUAAAAUUCAAGAAUCAGCUUUACCCGGCCUUGGUAUCUGUCACUCAAAUCCCUGACCUGACUAAGAUAGAGGUCAGUGAUGAUGGUGUAGUCAUAGGGUCAUCGGUCAGUUUAACAUGUAUGGAUGAAUUCUUUAAAGACUAUAUCAAGGACCACCCUGGUCACAAGAACAGAAUAUUUGAAGCUAUUGUUGAAAUGUUGAGGUGGUUUGCUGGUCCACAGAUAAGAAAUGUGGCUGCUGUAGGGGGCAACAUUGUGACUGGUAGUCCUAUCUCAGACUUAAACCCUAUAUUCAUGGCUGCUAGGUGCACCCUGGAAUUGGUAUCACAAUCUGAAGGGUCAAGACAUGUUAUUAUGGAUGAAAACUUCUUUACUGGAUAUAGGAGAAACAUCAUCAAACCUGAUGAAGUACUUAAGUCGAUAACCAUCCCAUUUACAAAACAGAAUGAAUACUUCUUUGCUUACAAGCAAUCACCCCGUCGUGAGGAUGACAUUGCUAUUGUGAAUGCUGGUAUGAGAGUUGUGUUGGAAGAAGGAACUAGGGUAAUCCAAGAUGUGAGUCUAGCAUAUGGAGGAAUGGCUGCUACAACUGUACUAGCUCUGAAGACAAUGCAGAAACUAAUGGGAAAGAAGUGGGAUGAAUCCAUGCUUGAUGCUACCUUCUCAUGCCUUGCUGAAGAUCUACCCCUUCCUGCUGGUGCUCCAGGGGGAAUGGAGUCUUACAGGAAAUCACUGACCAUCAGCUUCUUCUUCAAGUUUUAUCUCAUGGUAUUAGAUCAACUUUCAGCCAAUCAGCAAUCAGUUGCCAGUGAAUGCAUUCCAUCCAACUUUAAAUCGGCUACUUCAGUUCACCAUCAGCAAGCUAUCAAUGCUACUCAGUUCUAUCAGGAGGUUGCCCCGGGACAACCCAGUCAAGAUCCCGUCGGUCGUCCACUCGUCCAUAAAUCAGCUUACAAACAGACCACUGGUGAAGCAGUCUAUAUUGAUGAUAUGCCUAGCAUAGCAGGCGAGCUGUAUUUGGCCUUUGUGAUGAGUCAGAAAGCACAUGCAAAAAUCAUAUCCAUUGAUCCAUCCAAGGCGUUGUCACUAGAGGGCGUGCAUGAUUUCUUGAGCUAUAAGGAUGUGUUAGGAAGCAAUCACGUUGGAUCUGUCUUCCAUGAUGAAGAACUAUUAGCAACAACAGAGGUUCACCAUGUAGGACAGCCAAUAGGAGCUAUCAUUGCAGAGACACAGGCCUUGGCACAGAGAGGUGCAAGAUUGGUACAGAUAGAAUACGAGGAGUUGGAAUCUAUCAUUACUAUCGAGGAUGCCAUCGCUAGGCAAUCAUUCUUCCCUGUCACCAAAGGCUUCAAGAAUGGUGAUGUUGAGGAGGCCCUAGAGAAGUCUGAUCAUGUGAUCGAGGGUGAGAUGAAGGUCGGAGGUCAAGAGCAUUUCUACCUUGAGACGCAGUGUGCCUUCGCUAUUCCUAAAGGGGAGGAUGGGGAGAUUGAGAUAUUUGUUUCAACACAACAUCCAACAGAAGCUCAGAAAAUCACAUCCAUAGCUCUAGGUGUCCCAUUCAAUCGUAUUGUCUGUCGUACCAAGCGUAUUGGAGGUGGAUUCGGAGGAAAGGAAAGUAGAAGCUCAAUGCUAGCUGCAAUAUGUGCUCUUGCUGCCAACAAACUGAAUCGACCUGUGAGAUACAUGUUGGACAGAGAUGAGGAUAUGAUAUCUACAGGGGGUAGGAAUCCCUUCCUAGGUCGUUACAAGGUUGGUUUCACCAACGAGGGUAAACUUACUGCAUUGGAUAUUGACUUGUAUGGCAAUGCUGGAUAUAGUUAUGACCUCUCUGCUGCUGUACUUGAACGAGCAGUGACGCAUAUUGAUAAUGUCUACCGUUUCCCCAUUUCACGAGUCUAUGGCCGUCUCUGUCGCACCAAUCUUCCAUCCAACACUGCAUUCAGAGGCUUUGGAGGGCCUCAGGCAAUGAUCAUCUGUGAAUCCUUCAUGACGGACAUUGCAAUCAAGUUAGGACUUUCACAAGACAAGGUGAGAGAGUUGAAUUUCUAUUCUGAGGGUGAUGUGACUCCAUGUAGUCAGGUGUUGAAUGGAUGUCAGCUAAGACGAUGCUGGGAACAGUGCCUUGAGAAGAGCAACUAUCACACCAGGAGAAAGAAUGUGGAUAUCUUUAACAGUGAGAACAGGUGGAAGAAGCGAGGUCUUGCCAUUACACCUACCAAGUUUGGUAUAUCAUUCACUGCUCGUUUCUUGAACCAGGCUGGUGCCCUUGUACACAUCUACACAGACGGUUCAGUGCUGGUAACCCACGGUGGUAUUGAGAUGGGACAGGGGCUUCAUACCAAGAUGAUACAGGUUGCUUCAAGAACUCUAGGAAUACCAGAGAGUAAGAUUCACCUGUCAGAGACUAACACCAGUAAAGUACCAAACACAUCACCCACUGCCGCUAGCACUGGCUCAGAUCUCAACGGCAAGGCCAUUGAGGUUGCUUGUCAGACACUCAAGCAGAGGUUAGAGCCUUACAUGCAUGCUAGUCCUAAAGGAAAUUGGGAUGAUUGGGUUGAUGCUGCAUACAGGGACAGAGUGAGUCUCUCAACUACAGGUUUCUACAAGACUCCCGAUCUUACGUACGACUGGGAGAAGAAUGAGGGCAAGUUAUUUCAUUACUUCUCUUGGGGCGUGGGUGUGUCCGAGGUGGAGAUCGACUGCCUGACUGGAGAUCAUACCACACUCAGGACUGACAUUGUCAUGGAUGUCGGAAACAGCAUCAAUCCCGCCAUUGAUAUCGGUCAGAUUGAAGGUGCCUUCACCCAGGGGUAUGGUUUGUUCACUCUUGAAGACCAUAGAUGGAGUCCUAAGGGUCACCUGCUUACCAGGGGACCCGGUUUCUAUAAGAUACCAGGGUUUGGUGAUGUUCCUCCAGAGUUCAAUGUAUCACUCCUGAAGAAUGCUGCAAAUCACAACACCAUCUGCUCUUCAAAGGCCGUCGGUGAGCCUCCUCUAUUCCUUGGUUCGUCCGUCUUUUUUGCCAUCAAGGAUGCCAUCUUGGCAGCAAGAUCUGAUGAAGGCCUUGGAAACUUCACCCUUAACAGUCCAGCAGUAGCAGAACGGAUUAGAUUAGCCUGUGUUGACCAGUUUACAAAAUUGUUUCCGGAAGCCGAGCCAGGGACAUACACACCUUUCUUUGUCAGACCCUAGAUAGAUUUCGACUAUGGAGGAAGAUUUUUCCAUUUGUACAUUUUUUUUAGAUUCCCUCAGGAAAAUAACUUUUAUGUGUGUAUGUUUUUUUUUUUUUUGCGACUUAACCUUUCUAUUAGCUGUGGAAAAUUAAGAUGCAUUACAUCUUUUUUUCUAGAUCCAUCAUUAUUUCUAGUUAUUAUUAUUCCAUAGGUCUGUUUCAUAAAUGAUUUUAGUUGCAAAAGUUGUGAUUGACGAAUGCAUUAUUAUAGAAAUUAUUUUAUGAUCUCAUUGACUACAAGAAGACCUGUCACACAUUGUUAGGUGUGGCAUCCCCCUUACAAUCAUUGCAUGUCCUGUAUGAUCUGCCUAAUGUGUCAUAUGAAGACAUAAAACUAUAAAUAUUUGUGUGACUCU